GAGAUGCCUGCGAGUUGGGUGUUGGAGAAAUAUGUAGAGAAAAAAAAAAAAAAAAAAGAAAAAAGAAAAAAAAUACAAAGAAAAGGGCGCGGUGGAGGGCGCGGAGGCUGCUCGGAGGGAGGGGGAGGGCGGGAGCGUUGGGCUGGGGGCGUCGCACCCCGGGCAUCUCGCCGUGCCCACCCUCCAUCCCCCCCAAAUCCCAGAGGCAUCACACUCGUCGUCGUCCCCACCCCCGGAAAAAGGAGGGCACACCCCACCUGCGGGGCUCGCUGCGGUCGGGGUGCCGGCUCUGCCCUCUCCCCCCUCUCGUCCCCCUUUACCUGCCGCCGGCCCGUCCGCGGCGGGGGCAGCGGGGCGUGGGGCGGUGGGUGGCGGUGGAGGCGGCGUGUGACAGAUGUCCUCCUCUGACAGCGCUCGGUACCAGCCCAGUGGCUCCCUGCCAUUGGCUCAGUGCAGCCGACCGGCAAGGCUGCUCGCUAUAAUAGCACUAUGCCUGCCAGCGGCGGCGGCAGCUCGCUCGGCUCCGCCGCGGCCGCCCCGCCGCGCAUCCUCCUCCCGCGGCCGCGCCGCGCCUGAGGGGCCGCACCCCCGGCCCCCGCCGGCCCCGGCGCCGCCGGCCCCGGCCCUCCCCGCCCAGCCCCGCCGAGCCCGGCCCGAGGAGGCGGCCCCGGCCCCAUGGAGUGCUACUACAUUGUCAUCAGCUCCGCGCACCUCAGCAACGGGCACUUUCGCAACAUCAAGGGAGUUUUCCGCGGCCCCCUCAGCAAGAACGGCAACAAAACUCUGGAUUAUGCUGAGAAGAAAAACACAAUAGCAAAAGCUCUGGAAGAUCUUAAAGCCAACUUCUACUGUGAACUCUGUGACAAGCAGUACUAUAAACACCAGGAGUUUGACAAUCACAUUAACUCUUAUGAUCAUGCACACAAACAGAGGCUGAAGGAACUGAAACAGAGGGAGUUUGCUCGAAAUGUAGCAUCUAAGUCAAGAAAAGAUGAAAGAAAACAGGAGAAAGCCCUUCAACGUUUGCACAAGCUAGCUGAGCUAAGGAAAGAGAGAACGUGUGCUCCUGGAAGUGGCCCUAUGUUCAAAUCCACGACAGUGACUGUGCGAGAUGAUUGCCACAAUAUCCCCAAAAGCGCUGCUGUGGAUCCUGCCAGGCGACAGGAUUUCAGCUGUGCAUUAAUGCACGAUGCACAGAAUUGCAAGGACAUUGCUUCUGUGAUUUCUUCCACUCCUGGAGAUGCAGGUGGUCAUCAAUCCGACACUAACAAGUGCGGAGAACAGGUCCAAAGGGCUCAAGGACACAGAGUUGGGUUCUCCUUUGCUUUUCCUAAGAAAGCAGCGGUCAAACUGGAGUCUUCAGCUGCUGUUUUCUAUGAGUUCAAUGAGGAGGCCUCCAUGGAGCAUGGGUCCAGCAGAAGGAGUAGGUUUGUUCCAGGAACGUGCAACCUUCAGUCUCCUUCAGCAGCAGAAAUAAUUGUGUGCCCUGAGGAGAAACACAACUGUUUUCCCCCGCUGGUGGAAAAAUGCAUCGACACAGCAGAAGCUCCUGAAGCUCAGGACUCAAAAGAGCUGUCCAGUGAGGAGAACAGGGUGCUGGAGAGUCCAGCUUUACCUGCUGCCAUGCCCCACUCGAGGCAGCCGGUGUCCUGGGACACAGAUGGCCGUGGUGUGGAGGUGAGUGUGGCUGACCUAGGGGAUCACACGCCGGCCCUGGCUGCAGACAGCGCUCAGGCCCUGUCCCUGGACGGCAGCGGGCACGAGCUGCAGGCAAACAGAGCUCCUGUGCAGGAGCCUCGGGAGGAGGCCUUCUCUCUGCAGGAGGUUGCAGAGGAAGACGGUAACGACGGGAACAGUGACCCCUGUGCAGCUGAAACUGAAAUAAAAAGCCUGCGGGCAGAUGCAGCCGUUCCACUGCCGACUGAAGAAGGUGGUGGAGCCCCAAAAAGCAAACCGGAUGUACACAAGAGACCCUGCCAACCCUUUGUUCCCGUUCUUAGCAAAUACGGGUCAAACGUUCUUCAGUGGCCAUCAGAAAUGUUAAUUUACACAACUACAGACCCGUCGAUUUCUUACAGCUGUAAUCCUUUAUAUUUUGAUUUUAAGUCAUCAAGAGCAAGUGAAAGCCAAGAAAAGCCCAAGCAUCAACCAAACAUACCUCAUUUGCACCAUAAAACUGAAUCUAACCGUAUCUUAGUCUCAGAUUUUACAAAAAGACCUAAUUCAGAGUGUGGUGAUUAUGAAGUAGAAGUGAAUAAAAAUGUGUGCAACUAUACAAUACCCCUGUUAAGUGAUGUUUCCCUCUUCAGAAAUUGUGACCUUGCAAAAAAUCAAAACAAAGUGUCCUUGGAUGAGUCAUUCAGGAUUAGAAAAAUAGAAAAGUAUCACAUAUCUCAUAACCCCUUACAACAAAACACUGUGAUAGAUGAGAAAUACAACAAAGUCUGGAUCAAAGAAGGCCAUGAAAAAUGGCUUCACAAAAGCAGAAAACGGAAAAGGAGAAGAAAAUUAUGUCAUUGUCAUUAUCAUCACUGUGGAGACACAACAGUAGCAGAAAUGGAGAUGUCUCCAGUAACUGAAAAAGAAGUUAUUUACAGAGAUGAAAAUAAAUAUCAGCAUCUCCAAAACAAUGCAGAGAAGUGCAGACAUGGUGCAGGAAAUAUCUGGUUAACUGCAGGUGAGGUGCAGCAGUUGCAGCCAAAAUUUGGCAUUGAAAAUGGUCCUAAGAGAGUUGUGUCUGCAUCAGAUCACGUACGCUGGGACAGAGGCUGGUGUGACUUUUGGAGUGCAAAAAGUAGCAGCCAACACCAGGGUUGUAAAGGACCACACAGAAGGAGCAAAGCGAGCUCCCGGAGGCAGGCAAAGCAGCUGACUCGGAGCUCCAGGAGGCACAGCCUGAGGCACUCGAAAACGUGCUGUAGAUGGAAAGUCGGGAGGUCAAGCUGUAGCCCAGAGCACGAGUGCUUAGGACAAUGCAGCGAGGAGAAGGGGCUGAGUCAGAACCAGCCCAUAAAGAGAGGUUACAGUGUUCUGACAGAAGAACCUGAGAAACCCCACCGCAAGCGGAGGCAGCACACGUAUUCCUCGUCCUCGGAUGAGAGCUCAUGUGGACAGGCAUUAUCAGCAGAGGAAUAUCUGAGGCAAGGACAUGCUCUAGGUACCUGUCACAAGGCGAAAGGGAAACGCAGGAAAAGGAAGACUAGAAUCCAUCAUGUUUUCCUUGACAGGAGUGCAAAAAGUGAGACCUCUGAAUCUUCCAAAGAAAAUUCUGCAAACUCUGCAUUAAAUAUUUUGGGGGACUUACUGACUCAAGACAAUCUAGAGCAAACCAAUGCAGCCCUCAAAGAUGAUGAUACAAAAGAUAGGGAUGAAACAAUGGAGCUGGAGGAAAGCAAGUCACCUGUAGAAACUGCUGGCCCACAGGUUCUGGAAGAUGAAAAACCAGCAGUGUGCGCAGCGAUGGAGAGCGCACCCGGCACGCUUCCCGAUGCCAUCGCAAGUUGUGCUGCCCCUGCCCCUGAGCACGGUGCUCCAGCAGCUGCUGCCGCCAAGCAGGACGCUCCCCAAGAGGGAAAGAAAAAGGAAAAUGUCAACAGUCGUGAAAACAAAGCUCGUUACAAAGUUCCCGUCCCCAACAGACACUUGGAACAAACUCCUCCUAAGUCCUAUCUUUGCCAUUACGAGUUGGCCGAGUCGCUGCCGCUCGAGAAAAUGGGUGAGGUGGCCGGGGAGUGGGUGCAGUGUAAUCCCGGCAUAUUCAGCAGCCCCCCGCCCUUGCCAUUCAAAGAAGCACAUGUAAACAGUCACACCUUUCUAACUACGGAGCAGUUAAUAGCCCCCUUCCCCCUGCCCGACCAGACGCUGCUGUUCCCUCCCGAUAACCACGAGAAGUUCAAAGAGCUGCCGUCGGAGGCGUAUCAGCAGCUCCUGCCGCAGACCGUGCUGUCGGGCAAGGUGAAGCUGGCGUUCGCCCCGCCGGCCCUGCCGCCGCCGGGCUCGGCGCUGCCGCCGCUGCCGCUGCCGCCGCCGCUGUGCUCUACCUCGGUGACCACCAUCCACCACACCAUCCUGCAGCAGCACGCCGGCACGCUCAAGGUCCUCCAGCCGCACCAGCAGUUCCUCUCGCAGGUCCCGGCUCUCUCCAGAGCGCCUUUACCUCAUGUCCCGGUGGGGCCGCGGCUGUGCCCGGGGGCACACGCCGCCUUCGCGGCCCCGCCGCAGCUGCCGCUGCUGCCGCCCUCGGCGCUGCCGCCCGCCCCGCUGGCCUUCCCCCCGCUGCCGCACUCCGUCUUCCCGUCCCUGCUGGCCCCGCACCCGGCUGUCAUCCCCCUGCAGCCGCUCUUCUAGGACACGGACCGGGGCAAGAGCCUUCCGCUAAGCGGUCCUUGCUGGUUCCAUAAUCCCCUCGAGCUUUGCAAAGCGGUCCCGUGAACUAAACUGGUUUGAGAUUCCUUGGGAAGCAUUUACUGUAAGUAUAGCGAUGCAACAAACAUUCAUGGCAAGUUCAGACCUAUACUAUUACUGAAGCACUGAUUAGUCUGAUACUAAUAAUGAACUAUAUAUAUAUAUAUAUGUGAAAAUCAUGUCUUAGAAUAUGUAUAAUGUAUAUAAAAUAUAUUUAUAGUUCUAUAACUUAUGUUGUAAAGUAUUCACUUUUUGUUUUUUAUCUUUGUGUAUUUGCACCUAUUUAAUGUUUAGACAAAGCUGAUGCACUAUGUUUUGUACUAUGUUCUCUGAAACUGUAAAUCUAGUGACAAACUAUCUCUUGCAAUAAAUUUUUGUUAACUACUUAAGUAUAUCAAAAAUCUUUCAUUAUAAGCCUCAUGGAUAUUGUUCUUCCAUGUCCUUCUGCAGCUGAAUAUCAUCCUGUGCCCCUGCCAUGUUGGGAUAACCAGGUUCCCUACAUGCCAGUGAUUUAUCAGGGAGGCUCAGAGGCCAAUACCUUGAGGGCAGCUGUCUCACCACGCCAGAGAGAAAGGGUAAUAGAUGUGCUUGUGUUGGUGGCUUGAUGUCACCGUGACAAAUUUUGCCUGCUUGUACAAUGUGCACACACUGCUGACUGGUGGAGCUGAUCCCUUUCAUUCUAAACCAGAGAAAGGUGACUUAACAAAUAUAAUGCUGGUGAUGGAAGGGGAAGAAAGGCCAAUAUUGACAGCAGUUUGGCUUUGAGAGAGUACUGCUUGUAGUGGAAGGGUAGAGCCUUGAUUCCACUGAGUGUUUUCUCUGAUGGCCCACAGAUCUGUUGGAGAGGGGGCCUUGCUGCUGGGCAGUGUGUGAAGGCAGCAAGAACACAGGAAGCAUGAAGGGGAGGUCAGGAAACCCACCAGGUUUUGACACAAAUUCUUACCUCACUUCACCCCCCACUACUUCAUGCAGCAUUUCACUGAAGAAAUAGAAUAACACAGAGUAGAGAUUAAUUAAAGUAAUAAUAUACUGCCAUUGCUUCUAACAGCAUUUUGGAGAUUUCUCCCUACCUCUGCAGCCUUUUCGUUGCUGUCAGACCUCACUCAGCUUUAGCUGGUGAAAUCUCCUCAUUUGCUUUAGCAUGGGGUAUAUCAGACCCAUGCCUGCGAUGAAUAAAAGAGAAUAAAAGCAGAAAUCCUUCUGAGAUAAAGCCAUCCCUUUGAGUUAAAACAAAGUGUUGUCGUGUGAGUGGAGCCAAGGGCUUGCAGCAUGAAGGUUAGUGCUAGAUGUAGGCCCUCCAUAAUCAUAGGUAGGUAGGCUCUCCCAAUUAAUUACUUCUUUCACCUUUUUAUAUACUAUAAUAAAAUCAUAUAAAGUUGAACUGAAAGAAUAGUGAGCUUGAACUAUUACUAAUAUACAUUGCAUAUUAAUAGCUACAGAUGCUAAAACUGUUUGCAAAGUAAUGCUAUAUCUUACAACAUCUAUAUCUGGAUAUUAUUUUCUGCAUUGAUAGCAUUAGAACUUACCUCUAUAGAUACUGCAAGUUUGGGUAUAACAUUACAUUAAAACCAAGGCAAACGACAUCUUGCCGCUGUGAUUACAGAGUCAGCUGCUUAGCGGGGGUGAGUUUCCCCAUGUUUGUGGCUGCAAAGGGCUAAACCUUGUUAAUAAGCAGAAAAGGUGAUAAGGAAGAGCAGGUGAGCAGCCAGGUUCUGGAGAGUGCCUGGAUCCCCUGCCUGCAGCUGCAGCAGGCUGUGGGGUCACCGAGCACCCACGCCUGUAAUGCCAGCAGGAAGGUGUGUUUUCCCUAGUUCUAACUCCAGGUGGAUGCCUGUUUCUAUUUAAGUGAUACCCAAAAAAAAAUCAGGACUGAGUGGCUUCAUACUCCUCUUUUAUUUCAAGAGUCUGCCUGCCUGCAUCAGGUGUUUAUCUCCACUACCUCCUGUGGCCCAGCAUGGGAAUCUCCCCUGGAAGCGGGAGGGUUGUCCUGGGUGACUUGGGUCCCUGGGGGAUGUGUCCUGGCUUCUGCACCUCUGCCCUCCUCUGUGGGAGGCAGCACACACACAGUGCCCUGGGUUCUGAUGUCCCAUCAAAGACAAAAUCCAGCUCAUCACAGUACAUUAAGAAAAAAGAGAAAGAGUCCACGUAGGACAAAUAUGGUUGCACGUUCUGGCAGAUUAAAAAUAGCCAAUUUAAAAUUUUCAGUUGCAAUGUUUGUUGAGAAAUCCCAUCUAUGAACUUGGAAGUCCAUAUUUUUUUCACCAAAAUGUUCCAGCAGCUUUGAAUUCUACUUUUUCCUUACAAUUUAAAUUAUUUUAGGUUGUUAAACAAUUUUAAGACAUUGCACAAUUCUUUAUUAUCUACUGUAAUUGCUGUUCAAUAGUGUAUAAACUAUUUAAAAUAAAAGACUAAUAACCAUAAAAUGUAAUAAUUUUCUAAUAUGGUAUUGCCUUUAAUGCUAGAAAUGUUUGUAUAUGUGACUUCAUAUGUAAAAGCAAAAGCAGUAUAAAAAUAAAUCAUAACUUAAGUUUCAAAUUGAACACACUAAAUUAAAUUACCUAAUGAAAUAUUCUUUUGAGU